CCAACCCAGGAGAGCAGGGCUGGAGCGUGACCCCCAAUCCCGAGGCGCCUCCCAGCUCCCCCUACUCGGCGGCCCCGCGCUCCGCCAGCUCCUUCCCUCCCUUCCCCGCCCCAGUCCCGCAGUGCGGCAGGCUGGGGUCGGCGAGCCAGCUGAGUGGGAGCCGCGCGGUGUCCGAGGAUCCAGUCGGCGACCGAUUUCUUCCCAAGCAUAGACCCUUUCCUUCCAGGGCAAGCUCCAGCAUGGGGUGAGGUACAGAAGAGAUACUUGAAGGAUACACCCUGGCACUCAAGCACAAAACCCGCACCCUUGACCAGGGUCUCUUAUUCCAUGUCUGUGAUGGGGCAAAAUGGGCACAGCACAUCCUGCUCCAGAGGCACAGGGAGAGAACAUGCUAUAUUCACCACUCCUUCCCGAGAAGGAGGGGAACAGAAGCUUCAGAGCCCACCCCUGCAGGGCUCACGGUACAUGGUAAAGCUAGCUGCAGCCCACCUCUGAAACAGCCACAGCACCUGCUGUGAGAGAAGGAACCCCAGAAUCCGCGGACCAGUUUUCCGGGCCUCCCUCUCUUCCCUCUGCUACCGUUCCCUUUCUAGGCCUUAAGAAAACUGAAAAUAACUCUCAGCUGGAGGAGGUGGACUCCAGAGUGUGAGUGGCACGCUGCACCCUGAGGGCGCCCGGCCUGGCCCUCAUCAUGCUCGCUGCUGCCUCAGAGGCAGCAGCCGGCAGGCCUUAUGGGUGCAGUGAGUGUGGAAAGAGCUUCCGCUACAGUUCGGUGCUGCUGCGGCAUGAGCGCGCCCAUGGUGGUGACAGCCGCUUCCGCUGUCUAGAGUGCGGCGAGCGCUGCGCACAGGCCGCAGACCUCCGUGCGCACCGACGCGCUCAUGCGGGCCAGACGCUCUAUAUCUGCAAUGAGUGUGGCCAGAGCUUCCAUCACAGCGGCCGCCUUGACCUACACCAGAGCGCGCACAGGCGGCGCAGCCGCUCCUGCCGCUGCCGAGCUUGCGGCCGCUGCUUCCCACACCUCCCGGCUCUGCUGCUGCACAGGCGCCACUGGCACCCUCCUGAGCGGCCCCGCCGCUGUCCGCUGUGCCCUCGUGCCUUCCGCCAGAGCGCACUGCGCUUCCACCAGGCACGGGCACACCCGUGGGGGACACCGGCCGUGCCUGCUGACACGCUCCAUCGCUGCACUCAGUGCCCGCGGGUCUUCCGCAGCGGUGCGGGACUUCGGAGCCAUUUGCGUGUCCACGCGGCCAGGAGCCCUGGUGACUCCACACUUCGGCAGCCAGGCACUUCGGACGCACACCAAUGUAGUAUGUGUGGCAAGAGCUUUGGCAAGAGCUCCACACUAACGCGACACCUGCAGACGCACUCGGGUGAGAAACCUUUCAAAUGCCCAGAGUGUGGCAAGGGCUUCUUGGAGAGCGCCACCCUGGUGCGCCAUCAGCGCACGCACACGGGCGAGAAGCCCUACACCUGCAGCGACUGCGGGCGCCGCUUCAGUGAGAGCUCCACGCUGCUGCGCCAUCGGCGCAGCCACCAGGGAGAGCGGCCACACGCAUGCGCCACGUGUGGCAAGGGCUUCGGGCAGCGCUCCGACCUUGUGGUGCACCAGCGCAUCCACACAGGCGAGAGGCCCUUCCCCUGUACCGAGUGUGGCCGCUGCUUCAGCGACCGCUCGGACCUCACAAAGCACAGGCGCACACACACAGGCGAGAAGCCCUACCGCUGUGAGUUGUGCGGCAAGCACUUCACGUGCGUGUCCAACCUCAACGUGCACCGGCGCAACCAUGCUGGCCACAAGCCCCACAAGUGCCCUGAGUGUGGCAAAGCCUUCAGUGUGGGCUCCAAGCUGGCACUGCAUCGCAAAACGCACCUGGGCGAGCGGCCGGCGGAAUGUGCAGAGUGUGGCAAGUGUUUCAGCCACAGCCGCUCUCUGUCGCAGCACCAGCGGGCCCACACACGUGCUCGCGCCGCCGCAGCUACAGCUGCCGCUGCCACUGAGGCCAAGGCGGGCACUGCCCUCAUCUUUGCUGGGCAAGCAGGACAGGAAAAGCCAGGGCUUUUUGUGUCUCAGUUGAGAAAGACUUGCUGAGAGUCUUCUCCAGAGUGGGCUAGAUAAGCACUUUUAUAGUGCCAUAGGGAUGGGUGGGACAACUCGCAGAUGGAGUUCUGUGGAAAGACAGCGUGACAUAUUACCUUUCUCCAUCUCUGUUGGUAACACUUCACCUGGCCUCUCGCUGCACCCCUACACCUGCUUCCCCUAUCAGCUCUUUGCCUGUUCUCUGUCCGUCCUUCUCCCCCUCUGAGGUGUAGGUGCAGGGGGAACCUCCCAGACCCCACACGUGGGAGAGCGCCCAAGUAUUGGUGUGUCCCAUCCCUGCUGCUGUGCUCUCAGGUGUUUCCUGUUUUCCCAUCAGCAUCCUGUCUUCUCUUGUCCCAUCUCCUUUUCCCAUCUCCUUUUUCCAGCCUGAGUGUCCUCUACCUCUUCUUUCUAGAUACUUUUGGUGUACUGCCUCUUCAGGUAAUGACCACAGAUGUGGCUGGAGUCACAUCCCACAGGCCCUGUGGUUUUCUUGCCUUUCACUUGACUGUUAGUCUCUCUGCUGCUUUCUCCCUCAGCUUCUGAGAGAUGGGAAAUUUGCAGAGAGGUAGUGGGAAAGCUCACUUCACUGAAAGAUAUCUUCACGCCAGAAGCACCCAGAGAAGUGCUUUACACCAUGUAAAGGUGGGCAGGAGCUCUCAGCGUGGCUGCCCACCUGUCCCAUGGGACAGACCUGUUGGUGUACAGAUCAAGGUGCCUCUCAGGACAGUGUUCUCCAGGUGGGGGACAUCAACCCUGGGACCUGAGUCAAGACCACAUGGGUCCACAAAGCUGGGCACUGCCAAGUGCAGUAAGAACACUAUACACAAAUUAAGCUUGCAGCCAUGAGGAAACUGAGCUCCACAGAGGCCACAGUGCAGGGAUGAAAAUUCCCUGUAAUUGGCCAGCGAUUUUUUUGCUUGCAGGUGGUGAAAUAAAGAAUUAUUUGAGUUC